GCUUCCACUUUUUUAUUGUCAAUAAAUACUUAAGAAGUGAGCGGCAAUUCGCAACUAUCUCGUAUUUCACAUUUAAAAAACACUUAGUACUUCUCUACAGUUUUGAUCGUCAUGACUGAGUCAGUUGAGUCAAAAAUUGAUUUGCAGGAGAAGGAUGUAGACAAUCUUGAGGCGGUCGACAGCGAGGCUGGCGUUUACAGCACAGAUGAUGAACAGAAUCAACCCGAAUUCUCAGGAAUAUGGGGUUUUUUUGCCAAGAACGCGCAUGUUCUAGUAAAGUUGAUACAACUCGUCCUAGCAGUAGGUUGGAUAGUUUACCUCGGUUUCGCCAUCUCUAUGGACUUCGACUGCGCACUCCCAUGGCUCGUCAUCACGUGCGUCGGCGUUGGGUGGCAUCUAUUCUUCCGCUUCCCAUACCCAAUGCUUUUGGAGAAGCCCUUGGGUAAAGCGUAUGAUGCCAUGAUUACGUGGAUGUCUGAGCACAAGAAAAUUUGUUACAUUUUCUUCGGAUCAUUGUUCCCAACUGUCAUCGUGGUCAUCUGUCUCGUAAACCAAAUCUGGAACGAGCCCCUUCGAAUUGUUUCAAUCUGCGGAUACUUCGUAUACAUCCUAAUGAUGUGGGGAAUGUCUAUUUUCCCAAAACGUGUCAAUUGGCAGCUGGUUCUUGUUGGAUUCUCUCUCGAGAUUGUUUUCGGUCUUGUCAUCCUUGGUACCUCGUGGGGACAGGCCGCCUUCUCAUAUGUCGGUGAAAUUAUCGCGAAAUUCCUUGCUUUCUCGUAUGAAGGAUCCAUUUUCGUAUUCGGUGAUGGCUACCAAGAACAUUUCUUCGCCUUCUCUGUGCUGCCCACAGUCUGUUACUUCUCUGCCUUUGUGUCUCUCAUGUACUACUAUGGAGUAAUUCAAUGGGUCAUUGCUGGUCUUGGUGCUGGUAUGCGCGUUACAAUGGGUACGAGUGGUUCAGAGUCUCUUUCCGCCGCUGGUAACAUCUUCGUUGGACAGACUGAGGCUCCUCUGCUCAUUCGUCCAUUCCUUCCCGAUAUGACGAGGUCAGAGAUUCAUGCUGUUAUGACCGGUGGUUUCGCCACGAUUGCCGGUGGUGUCAUGGCUGCCUAUAUCGGUAUGGGUAUUGAUGCCGCUAGUUUGUUGUCUGCCUCCGUUAUGGCGGCACCCACAGCCCUGGCUAUGUCCAAGCUGGUGUACCCCGAGACUGAACGCUCCUUGACCAAGGACAACGUCGAAUUCAAAAUGGAGAUGGAUAAGGAACAGAAUUUCAUUGAGGCCAUUUCUAAUGGUGCCUCCGCAUCCAUCCCACUUAUGGCCAACAUCGGUGCCAUGUGCAUUGCUUUCAUCUCACUUUUGGCAUGUCUAGAUUCUAUUCUAGGAAACCUUGGAGGCUGUGUCGGGAUCCCCGACUUGUCAUUUGACCUUUUAUGCGGUUACGUGUUCUAUCCCUUUGUAUUGCUUAUGGGUGUCCCUCCCGAAGAUGCCUUGGCUGUUGCCACACUGCUGGGUCAAAAGACCUUCAUCAACGAGUUCAUCGCCUACGACACACUUGCUCAGUACCAGAAGAACAGAGAAGAGGCCAUCCCUGAUUCCACUACUAUCUCCCCUCGUUCAGAGAUGAUCGCUACGUUCGCCCUAUGUGGUUUUGCCAAUCUGGGAUCGAUGGGUAUCCAAUUGGGUGGUCUGACUCCUCUUGCUCCUCACAGAGCACCUGACUUUGCUCGAAUCGUUGGCCGUGCUCUCAUUACUGGAACUAUUGCUUGCUUCGCUAAUGCUUGUAUCGCUGGUUGGUUAUCUGAUAUUCCUCAGGCUUACGAGCUUGGCGUAACAUACGAUUAUUAGAGUCGCACCUAUACAUGCGAUGCGUAGAUACACGUUCUAUAAUAUACAAAUAUAAUAAAUUACCUAUUAAGUAACUACAA